AUGCAGACCCCUGUCCCUUCUUCCAACAGCCACAGCUGGCCCAGAGAACGUCAGCACUCUCAACUGCCCUUCCUGCGGAGAGUUACCUACACCUUCCGCUGGCUGGCACAAGUGGCAGCGGCAGAGAUCAGCCUGCUGGCCUUUAUUCUGCUUCUGCUCAUGGUCUUCUCCAAGCAGUGGCUGUACCCCUCUAGGAGCCGCUUCUUUCAGCGCUGCCCCGAGAAUGUCACCAACACAAUCUACAGCUCAGUGUCUAUCAUGUCCAUGGGACUCAUGUACCUCUGCAAAUCGAAGAGCUGUGCCAAUGCAGGCAGAGACAGUUAUAAUCUGUUGACACAUCACCCAAUCUUUUUGGUGGCCAUGAUGAUCUUCCUUCUGGCCUUGGCCCUGGGUUUCAUCCUCACCAUCUGGUUGCACCUGCCCUAUCUGCCUCAUCUGCAGAGUUUGCCUAACUUCAGCUUGAUUGGGACCAUCCUGAGCUUUUGUGAAGUCAUUUUCAUCUUCGUCAUGCUCCUGCUGUUUCCCAUUAACCUCUGGAUCUUUGAGUUGAAGAGAAAUGUCUCCAUUCCUAUUGGCUGGAGCUAUUUCAUUGGUUGGCUGGUGUUUAUCCUGUAUAUCAUCUGUGGAGUAGAAGAGGAGGUGCCAAGUUGCUAA